GUCUCAGGGUCAGCCCGGCUGCGAUCGAAAUCGUUCUUGUUAUCUUCGAGUCAGCUUGUUUGCGUCCCCUUCCGGUCGGUCGGUCGCCCUAUGAGUUGCCGCUGUGCGCAACAAACAAUGUUGUCUGCCACAUUCCACACAUGCUGCUGUGGCAAAGAGACGUAAGAUGGCUAAAAAUAUCUCUCAUCUAGCGUACACAAGAUGUUGCUUACUUACUAUAGGUUUUUUUCUUCCCUUUUCUUUUUUUUUUUUUUUCUUUUCCGCCUCGAAGGCGAAAAAGGAAAGGAAGAUAGGAGAGAAGACGAGAAAAAUAAAUGCCAACGCUUGGCUUCGAAGCAUAGUGUCCACUGACCGAGUCGUAGUGUCGUGUGCCAGCCAGUCCGUCAGAUGUUUAUCAUCCGUGGAACAACAACAACAGCAGCAGCAGCCAGACAAUCUGUUCCCGAAUCAGGCAGGUGAGGUAAUGCGGUAUGCGCGCGUGGACAGCAACCUGCCUCCCUACCCGUUGGUGUAACAACAGGCCGUCCUGAUUCCGGCGGCAGGUUUGGUCUGGUCGGCAAUACUGUUAUUGUAUCUACUGAGGGUGUAAGACACA